CAUCGAGUUUAAAAUACCGUCUACAAGCUGAUGCUGACAGCCCCGCUCCUGCUGCCUGCUUGCGGCAGACCACACUUCCACGCUCACCGGCAGGCACCGACUGGCCAUCGGGAGGACCGGGAGGGCGAGCACUUGACUUCUUCCUCCACCACUGGUCAUUUCUUUAAAGAAUGUAAUAAAGCUCAAACUCAAUAAAACCAAAACAGGAACAUUUUCAUGUAAAUGUAAUUAAGCUUCCUAAAAAUGGAAUUAAAUCCAUUCAUUUUUUUGAGUAAUUUACAGAAAAGUUCCUUCCUCUUUUGGUCCUUUUUUCUAGUCAAGUGUAAAUCUGUGGCUCCUCAAAGCGGUGCUUAGUUUCCCUUUUCAUUCUAAGACUGCAGUGUUUCCCCUAUAUACAAAUAUAGAAAUUGGACCUAAAAAGUGAGAUAUUUUAUAGGAAAAUCUGCAAUUAUUCUUCAGCAUUAACUCCAAAGAAGAGUUAACGACAUUGAUCGACAGAAAACAGAGGAAGAAACGCAAUUUUUGGAUGUAUUUUUUAGUUGAAACUACUAACUAGCUUUCAACUGACAACUGUCUAGCUGUGGGCUGCCAGCUGUUACCUGCCACUGUUGGAAGGAGCUGCACCGAAGAAGGUAGCGGAACAUUAUAAACUGUGAAUUAUUUCAUGAAGAUAAGAAGAAAGGGAAAGAAAAGUAUUCGUAAGUUAGAAAAGCUAAUUAAUUAGCCUAGCAUAUCUUUGGAACAAAACAAGUGGUCGCCAUGGAAACUGUCCAGCAUGCAAAAAAGAACUUCUCAGCUCUCAGAGCAGAGGGAAGAGAGAUUGAUUAUCCUGCUAAAUGCAAAGGACAAACACAAGGAGAAGACACUGUGUGGAAACCCAGAGGUCCUCUUCACUGACUAUGCCCAACAAAAAGAAGGAAGGAAGAAGAACAACCUCAUAUUCUUCACUGACUCCAUCUACAUCUGGAAAGAUACUCUGUGCAGCAAGUAUGCAUACGUAUCCAGAGAGGGCAUCGGCUCAGGAGGCAGAUUACAAAUCUGUAAAGAUGAACACCUUGACAAAGAUGACCCUCUGCUCACCAUCACAUACUACACCAAAGGAAAGGUCAUGGUCCAAGGGAAUGAAGCCAACCUGGAGUCCUUCCAAGAGGCAUUCCCCCUGCUGAAAGCUGAGGUGGACACAAAGAGGAUCAAUGUCCCCUCUGAUGUCCCCUCUGACAGCGAAGGUGAUGAGAGCCCAAUAGAGAACCCCAACACCUUGUCCAUCUCUGCCCCUCCCACACCGGCCAGCUCCAACAAUCGGCUGAAGGAGAGUAUGGCCCUGCUGGAGCUGGACUUUGCAGAAUUCAAAGAGCGGACCCAGGCCAGGCAGUCUGGUCCCCCAGACAACACUCUGCAGCAGCUUAAAGAGGACCUGCAGCAGCUCAAGAGCGACAACGAGGCCUUGGCAUCUGACCUCAGAGGAAGUGUAGAGGCACUCAAACAGGAGAACAGUGUGCUCCGUGUUCAGUUAGCCAAGGUGAGGGAGGAUGCUGAGUGUAGAGAGAAGAGCUUCACCAGGCAGGUCCAGCACCUGACAGAGAAACUCUCAUCAGUCCUCACAAUGACGAGUAGAGAGACACAGACUCUCCCUGCCAGUGUCCCUGGCCCACCCUCUCUGCUCAGCACCCAGCCCAACAACACCCCUGGCCCCUCCUGA